AUAAAAGGUCGAAGCAGUCAAGCUCUGCCUCCGAACUCCAAAUCACUCGAGAUCUACUUUUCUUCCAUUUAUUUUUAUCUCCGAUCAGUUUCCGGUGCUAAUUUCAAGCUCUCUUCUUACUUUGGGGAAAGUCUCCUCUCCCACAAAAAUGACGAAUCAAAGCGAAUUCCGUCACCGUCAGAAACCGCCUUGUCCGUCUCUUUUACACUUCGGUUUACAUCGGACUCAUCACUCUCGCUGAGUCGGCGAUGCCGUUUUUCGUCGAUUUCGUGUCCAUUUGCUGUGCCGUCGGGUUCACUCUGCUGGAUUUCGUCUUCCAUACCUUGGCAUUCCUCAAAGCCGGGAAGUUGCCCCGAAACAGAGCGCUUCGUCUCUCAAUGCACCUUCUCAACUUCGCAAUCGCCACCUGGUUUUCGGUCGUCCCCGGUUUGGGCAGCGUUGGUACCAUCAGAUUUAUUGUUGAAGAUAUCAUCAAAACUUACAAUUUCUUCCAUGAUAUGUAAAAUUAUAACCCAGAAAUUACAGAAUUUGCAUUUUGGUAUUUUACCACUUUCUUUUUCCGAUUUCCCAAGCUCGCCUGAGGUGUAACUGUCCCCGAAAUUAGCGGAAAAUGAGGAAAAAAAACGGCAUGUUGUAUU